AUGAGAGCCAACAACUGUCGGAGCCAACAACUGUCAGAGCCAACAACUGUGAGAGCCAACAACUGUGAGAGCCAACAACUGUCAGAGCCAACAACUGUCAGAGCCAACAACUGUCAGAGCCAACAACUGUCAGAGCCAACAACUGUCAGAGCCAACAACUGUCAGAGCCAACAACUGUCAGAGCCAACAACUGUCAGAGCCAACAACUGUCAGAGCCAACAACUGUCAGAGCCAACAACUGUCAGGGCCAACAACUGUCAGAGCCAACAACUGUCAGAGCCAACAACUGUCAGGGCCAACAACUGUCAGAGCCAACAACUGUCAGAGCCAACAACUGUCAGAGCCAACAACUGUCAGAGCCAACAACUGUCAGAGCCAACAACUGUCAAAGUCAACAACUGUCAGAGCCAACAACUGUCAGAGCCAACAACUGUCAGAGCCAACAACUGUCAGAGCCAACAACUGUCAGAGCCAACAACUGUCAGAGCCAACAACUGUCAGAGCCAACAACUGUCAGAGCCAACAACUGUCAAAGUCAACAACUGUGAGAGCCAACAACUAGCCAACAACUGUCAGGGCCAACAACUGUCAGAGCCAACAACUGUCAGAGCCAACAACUGUCAGAGCCAACAACUGUCAGGGCCAACAACUGUCAGAGCCAACAACUGUCAGAGUCAACAACUGUCAGAGCCAACAACUGUCAGGGCCAACAACUGUCAGAGCCAACAACUGUCAGAGCCAACAACUGUCAGAGCCAACAACUGUCAGGGCCAACAACUGUCAGAGCCAACAACUGUCAGAGCCAACAACUGUCAGAGCCAACAACUGUCAGAGCCAACAACUGUCAGUGCCAACAACUGUCAGGGCCAACAACUGUCAGAGCCAACAACUGUCAGAGCCAACAACUGUGAGAGCCAACAACUGUCAGGGCCAACAACUGUGAGAGCCAACAACUGUGAGAGCCAACAACUGUCAGAGCCAACAACUGUCAGAGCCAACAACUGUCAGAGCCAACAACUGUCAGAGCCAACAACUGUCAGAGCCAACAACUGUCAGAGCCAACAACUGUCAGAGCCAACAACUGUCAGGGCCAACAACUGUCAGGGCCAACAACUGUCAGAGCCAACAACUGUCAGAGCCAACAACUGUCAGGGCCAACAACUGUCAGAGCCAUCAACUGUGAGAGCCAACAACUGUCAGGGCCAACAACUGUCAGAGCCAACAACUGUGAGAGCCAACAACUGUCAGGGCCAACAACUGUCAGGGCCAACAACUGUCAGGGCCAACAACUGUCAGAGCCAUCAACUGUGA